AUGAAGUCAGUGCUAUCGAUUCAAUCACAUGUCGUGCAUGGCUACGUUGGCGGCCGAGCGGCGAUUUUCCCCUUGCAAACACAAGGCUGGGAAGUAGAUAAUAUAAACACGGUCCAUUUUUCCAACCAUACUGGCUACGGUCAUUUCAAAGGUCAAAAGUUGGACCGGCAAGAGUUACGGCUGAUUUUGGAUCAAUUGGUUAAUCAGUUGCAAAUUGAGUAUGGUGCCGUUGUCACUGGGUAUGCACCCAAUGCUGAAUUGAUACUGUGUAUUAGGGAGUAUAUCGUUGCCAUGAAGGAGAAAUCGAGAAGCAAGGUGAUACAAAAGAGUGGAAGUGAGAGUGGUAAUGGACAAUCAGAACUACGUGAUGCUGGUUCGACAUCGACUACUCCGUCUUUGAUUUACUUGAUGGAUCCAGUGAUGGGGGAUAACAACUACAUGUACGUUGACCAAUCGUGUGUGGAUGAAUAUCGCAAGUUGAUACAUAGUGAUGUUGUUGAUAUAAUAACACCCAACCAGUUUGAAUUGGAACUACUUAUGGAUUAUGAAAUCACCAAUCGUGAAUCUAUCAAAAAUGCAAUCGAGUACUUGCAUAACCAGUGUCAUAUUCCUUACGUUGUCAUCACAUCUGUCGAGUCAAAAGUGAUGAAUAUGAAGAGAGAUUCAGACGACAACGACGACGGCGACAUCAAAGAGGAAGAUUGUAUAUAUUGUGUCAUUUCGACUAAGCCGCAUCCAACUUCUAAUGCUCAAAUGAGGAUGUUUCAAAUACCGACAAUAAGGUCCUAUUUCACUGGUGUUGGCGAUUUGUUCUCGGCAUUGUUGUUGGACAAGUUUGUCGCUAAUAAUGCGGGAGCAGGUUCAGGCAAUGUUGAUGGACACGACGAUUUGCGUCGAUUAUCGAGAUCAGUUAAUCAAGUCUUGACAAUCAUGGCCAAAACGUUGAAACUUACACAUAAGUUGGGUAUGCAACAAGCAGCAACCAGUGCUGUGCCCGACAUCAACAACAACAAAAGUUUAGAUAGUAAUGGAAACCAUGAGGCUACUGUCGACACUAGUGAGAUACCCAAUGGGAAACAAGAUGAGAUUGUGGGCAAGAUAAAUGAUGGUGAAACGAUGAAGUACUUUGAGUUGAAAGUCAUUCAAGCAAAGGAGUUUUACAGCUAUGAUGGAGAGGGUGAAUUUAAAGAGAUGAAAUUGUAA